GCUUUCUUCCCACCGCCGCUGACCACGAUGGCAGCCCUUGAUGUUAUUGACAUAUCAGAUGGCGAAGACGGCGAGAUCACCUUCAGCCAAGCCUCGCUUCCUCCCUCCUCUCAGCUGUCCGCUGGUGAGGUCAUAGACCUCUCAGACUCAGACACAGAGCCAGACGACGCUUUCGUCCCGGCACCUUCGAGUCCGCCACUAUCAAGCCAACCACAGAUGAUAGAACUGGAUAGCAGUAGCGAGGACAAUAGCUCUGGUGACGAGUUCCCUGAGCUUGGGUCUCAACAGUUCGCUGCUCGGGCCCCUUCACGGUCGAACAGGGGUAGUCACACUCCUCUCGAGACUCGAGACAGCGGUUCUUCUGCAGGCAGUAAGAGGACUCGAGCUCUCAGUGAUGACAGCGAGGACGAGUCUGAGCCUCCUACGCCGGUCAAGAAGCCUCGCCGUUCUCGCAAGACGGCAGAAGAGAAGUCGAAGGCGGAGAGCGAAAAGGAGGCUAAACGGCUGGAAAGGGAGGCCAAGAAGCAGGAGAAGGAAACCCAACGCCUCGAGAAAGAGGCGGCGAAGGCUGCACGAGAAGAAGAGCGUGCGCGCAAGAAGGAAGAAGAAGCAACCCAGAAGACUGCCCGGCGAAGCUUCAAAGCCGCCAACAAGCUCGUCAUCGACCGCAAAGAAACCCUCAAGGAGACCACCAUCGUCGUCUCCGCCUCCCUCGCUCGCGCCUACAGUGGCAUCGUCGCCGACCUGCGCACCAAGGUCGGGGAGUACGGCGGCCAGGUCGAGGCGGAGGCGGACCCAAUGACCGGGUACGAUACGAUACGCUUCCGCCGGCGGGUGACGAAGGCGUACGAUACGAAGCUCUCGGUGUGGCAGCACUGCGAGCCCAAGGAUAAAUUCGACCAGACGGCGAUCCUGUGGCUGAGCGCGCAGAAGCUCGCGGAGCACGGCGCAAGGGGCACGCUGGGUGGCCUGGUCGAUACGUUCUGCGCACGCCUCGCACUCGAGGGCCCCAAGCGGCAGGCCGUCCUUCUCAUCCACGGGAUGGCGAAGCUGCAGUCGCAGGCGCGCGGGGCGGCGGAUCGUGCCUUGCUCGCGCUCGAGAUGGCGCACGACGCGUUCCACAUGUGCGCGGAGACGCCCGCGGAGAUCGUGCAGCGGCUGUACGACACGGCGUGCGAUGUCGGGCACCGGAUUCACAAGUACCUCGAGCGGUCGCAUCUGCCCUUUUGCGCGGAGACGCGGCAGCCGAAGGGGAAGAGCUCGGCGGAGACGUGGGAGGGUGCGCUGGCGAGUCUGUACCGGAUGAACGCCGAACACGCGAAGGCGAUUGCGAAGGUGUACCCAACGAUGAACAGUCUGUACUGCGCGUAUGAGAAGGAUCCGCAGGCGGGGCCGCUCUUGUUGGCGCACAUUCCGGUCGAGUGCACGGCGAAUGGUCAGAAACGUGUCAGGGACAAACUUGGGCCGGCGCUUUCGAAGCGCGUCUUCACUGUUCUCUACGAGACAGAUCCCUUGCGACUUGUCGUUAACGACAAGUAGGCCAUCUUAGUGCGGAUUGUCUUCACGGUCGGUUAUUUACCUAGCAUACCUUCUCCCGCUUCCUUGCACCUAUUAUUCCUGAUUUAUUCGUACAUAUUUUCUAGAUGUAUCCUUGGUUCUAUUGUUGGCUUGUUGACGGCCCUAUUAAUCCUUUUUAAUCCCCAUAUAAUCUUGCAUACCAUCCACGUAUAGCGCCUUCCUACCCUACUUCGAGCGCAUUUAUUUCAUCGUAUUCGAGGCACCCUUUAUCGUCUACCCACUCCAGGGACAGCUCAAGUCGUUACACGGUUGUCAGACGUCUUCUCCUUCACUCUGACCUUGGAAGUGCCUCGCUGC